UCCACCUACCCUCCCCUGAGUCCUCCCGCAAUGAUCCUUGCUGGCCCUGAGUCCCUGUUGUGGGACUUCCUUCCUCCUUCCCUCCCACUUCCUCCCACUGAGAUGCACCCAGAGCCAGAGGGCAGUGAUCACUUGGAUCUUGGGGACAGCAGUGGCUGGGCAGUGGGCAGUUGGGGCGCGUGGCGCUCUCCCCGGUCUGGUUCCUCUACAGCUUGCUCAUGAAGUUGUUCCAGCGCCCGAGGCCGGCCAUCACCCUCGAGAGCCCCGACAUCAAGUACCCGCUGCGGCUGGUUGACAAGGAGGUCAUCAGCCAUGACACCCGGCGCUUCCGUUUUGCCCUGCCGUCCCCCCAGCACAUCCUGGGCCUGCCUGUCGGCCAGCACAUCUACCUCUCGGCUCGAAUCGACGGGAACCUGGUCAUCCGGCCCUACACGCCUGUCUCCAGCGAUGAUGACAAGGGCUUUGUGGACCUGGUCAUCAAGGUCUACUUCAAGGACACGAACCCCAAGUUUCCCGCAGGGGGAAAGAUGUCUCAGUACCUAGAAAGCAUGCAGAUCGGGGACACCAUCGAGUUCCGGGGCCCCAAUGGGCUGUUGGUCUACCAGGGCCGAGGGAAGUUUGCCAUCCGGCCGGACAAGAAGUCUAGCCCCGUGAUCAAGACAGCCAAGGCAGUGGGCAUGAUCGCUGGAGGGACAGGCAUCACCCCCAUGCUGCAGGUGAUCCGGGCCAUCAUGAAGGACCCAGAGGACCACACUGUGUGCCACCUGCUCUUUGCCAACCAGACUGAGAAGGACAUCCUGCUGCGGCCCGAGCUGGAGGAACUGAGGAACACGCAUUCCACACGCUUCAAGCUGUGGUACACGCUGGACAAAGCCCCCGAGGCCUGGGAUUACAGCCAGGGCUUUGUGAACGAGGAGAUGAUCCGAGACCACCUGCCGCCGCCGGGUGAGGAGACGCUGGUGCUGCUGUGCGGACCGCCACCCAUGAUCCAGUUCGCCUGCCUGCCCAACCUGGAGCGCCUGGGCCACGCCAAGGAGCGCUGCUUCACCUUCUGAGCGCCGGGCCCAGCCUCUGCCGUCUGCGCUGCCCGCGGUCGCCCUCCCUUCCCCCCACCGCCCCACGGGGGCCGCCUCAAGCCCCGGGCCGGGUUCAGCCUGGCCUGCCCGUGCCUUGGUGGCUCUGCUGGGGACACACCUGUCCCUGCCCUGCGAACCCUACCCUGGCUCCCCCACUGAGGUCCCCAGCACUUUCUGGGAGCCUAGGGCUUGGGGGCCAGGGACCCAACUUGCCACCCGCCACGGCCAUCCUCACUACACUACACAAGGUGACUGCCACCCAGAGUCCCUGCCAGAGCCCACAGGCCCCACUGGCUGGAGCCCACAACCGUGGGACUGUAGCAUUUCCCUGGCACCCCCAAACACUCAGGCAGCCCUGGGUAACCUAAGUCGCCAGCCUGGCGGCGUGCAGGGGUGCCCAGCCCUGAUGGCAGAGCCAAGGUCAUGGCCUUGGUUCCUCUGCCCCCGAGGGGGGACCUGCUCGGUGCCUCUUACUGACACUCAUCCUUGGUGGCCUUAGACAACAGCUGUGUUCGCCUUCUGCCUAGCGGCUUUUUCAGUCAUUUAUGAGCAGAAAAGGAAUUGAAGUAAAACUUUGCUACUCA